AUGUCGAGCGGCAACAUCAACCUUCCCCCGGUGCGACAUUUGCCACACUGGACCAGAGUGGGCAGUCUGGGCAGACCGCAUCCUCCACCGGGGAACAGGCUGCGCACCGUCCCCGCAGAGGACAGGGCAGACCGGGGGCUGGUGGUGAAGACAAGGGACUCGCUCGGAGCACCGGAGAAGUCCAGCCUGCACAGCGAGCCGGACCCCCGCGUCGCGUCUCUGCAGAGAAACGUCCAGUUCCUCCAGCAGCAGCACCAGGACACUCUGGGGAAGCUGCACCAAGAGAUCGACCUCCUCAGGCGGGAGAACAAAGAGCUGCAGUAUAAGAUGAUAAUGGAGUCGCCCACGGUCAGUCGAAAAGGAUUACCCACGAGUCGUCGUGGAUUCAGACCGCCCACUCAGGGAAGUGAGGCUCGCACUGGACUGUACCUGGAGGAGAAGCUGCAGGACACACGGCCACUGCACGAACAAGUGUCCAGAAGCCUGGCCGAGCCCACAGAGGCAGCAGGCGCGAUCAGUAAAGCCCACGGCCCGGAGCUGAAAGGAGGCCUCAUCACCUCACUGCAGCCUCUGCGAAUCCACAGCAGCCCCUCACACCCGCCGCGACCCCCCACCCUCCACGAGUGUGAAGUCAUCAUCCGCCAGCUCUACAACGCCAACAACAUACAGUCUCAGGAACUUUUACGUGUAAAAGCUUUGCUGAGAGAUAUUGUUUUCAGUAAGAAAAUCACUCCAGAAAACUACAUUCUUACCAAAACAUACCUUGCAGAUGGAACCAGGAAGUUUUCUGAAGCUGAGAAGUUGCCAAAGCUCGGUCUUCAGACAUUUCCAGAAAAAACCUCUGAAACGCCUCAGUCGGCAGUGAUCUUGCCUGCUCUCAAACAGUCAUUCAGCACCUCCAUUGCAGACAGACAGAGGAGAACUCGCGUCAGUGACGUCAGUGACGUACAGACAGAAAGAAAGCGGGACCUGCCCUCCCGUCGCCAUUUUUCUGUCUCGUACUCGCACUUUUGGAGGCUAGUGCUGGCGGAGAUCAGUCAUACUCUACCUGGGAAACUAGAGCUGGUGAAGACAUCAUUUUUGUGUGAAGACGUGGUGCGGGCCGCCAUUUUUGCCGUGCUGCCUCAAAAGUCUGCUCUGACUCUGGGAGGAGGAUUGGACAUUGUGUCUCCUAAAGAUGUCCUCUGCAUAAACACCCUACGAACAGAGGCACAGAACCGAUUACAGGGGCAGAAGCAUGGCAUGUUUCUGGUCAGAGACUCUUCGACCUGCCACGGUGACUAUGUGCUCUCUGUGUCGGAGAACUGUAAAGUCUCUCACUACAUUAUCAACUCACUCUCCAGUAAAAGAUUCAAAAUAGGCGAUCAAGAGUUUGAAAACCUCGCAGCUCUACUUGAAUUCUACAAAAUUCACUUUCUGGACACGACCACAUUGAUAGAGCCAGCUCCAAGGUAUCCAAACACGGUUACAGGACCUAUCCAGUCAAUUGGUGGAACAGAGGACAACUUGGAGUAUGUGCGGACUCUAUAUGACUUCACUGGUAGUGAUGCAGAAGAUCUUCCAUUCAAAAGGGGUGAAAUAUUGGUCAUUCUGGAAAAGCCAGAGGAGCAGUGGUGGAGUGCUCGGAACAAAGAUGGCCGUGCUGGCAUGAUACCUGUGCCAUACGUAGAGAAAGUGGUACGACCUGCCACCCUCUCUGGCCAGCCUUCACAUUGCUCACGCAACUCCAACAGUUAUGGAAUUCCUGAGCCCUCCAACUCCCUGGUCCAUGCUUAUGCUCAGCCCCAGACGCCAUCACCUCUACCAGGCACACCUGGGCCAGUCAUCACCCCUCUCCCAUCCCUGCAGAACGGCCCCGUCAUGGCCAAAGCCAUUCAGAAACGAGUGCCCUGUGCCUAUGAUAAAACGGCACUCGCUUUAGAGGUGGGCGACAUCGUGAAGGUGACUCGGAUGAACAUCAAUGGUCAGUGGGAGGGGGAGGUGAACGGACGGCGGGGGCUCUUUCCUUUCACCCACGUCAAAAUCCUGGACCCACAGAACCCGGACGAGAGUGACUGA